CCUUGGGUAGAAGUUGUUGUGCAUCUUGCUAGCUAGCUAGAUUGCAUCUUCUUCCUUCAUUUUACUCACAACCUACAAAGUGAGAGAUUAUUCUAACUCUAAACCAAGACCAUCUCAAUUUCUUGCUACUUAAAUCUCAUCUUCAUCUUCUUCAACCUGUGAUCAUCAUUCAGUAGUUAAAGCUAGUAAUAGAGCCACUUGACAAGAUUGCAGUACACAGAUGUGUGGAGAGAUGGAGCAUGGGUUUCACCUCCACAUGGAGCACCAGGCUAUACAUGGUGGAGAAUUUAAAGAAGGGAUUUGCACGUCGAUCCCCAAUCCUCCUCUUCCUAGCACAUCGAGACCAAAUAGCAUGGUCAUCAAGAAGGUUUGCCGGCGGGAGUUCAUCCCGCCGCACAUCGUGGCGGAGGCGAUCUCGACGCUGCGCGGCCUCGACCUCCGGUGGUCGGGUCCCAUCACCCCCGGCGAGCGCCGCUACGUCGAGCAGUACGUCCUCGCCAAGUACCCCCAGUACUCCCACGGCCUCAUCGGCGACGACGCCUCCGCCUCCGCCUCCGACAGCGACGUCGUCGUCGAGCAGCAGCGCCGCCUGCAGACGUCGUCGUCGUCGGCGAGGGGAGCGCCGGCGGCGGCGGCGAGGCUGGAGCCGUCGCGGCUGCUGGACAUGCUGGCGAGGAAGGCGUCGUUCCCGGGGAGCUUCGUCUCCAUCCCGGAGAUCCAGGCGAGGAACCGCGUCCUCCGACGCUGCGGCCUCGCCGACGACGACGACGACUACCUCGUGCUGUUCGCGCCCACGCCCCGCGACGUGCUCGUGCUCGUCGGCGAGAGCUACCCCUUCUUCCGUGGAAACUACUACAUGUCCAUCCUCGCCGGCGGCGAGGCCGACGGCGGCGACUGCGUCCGCGCGUUCGCGGCGUACAAGGACGCGAAGGUGAUCGCGGCGCCGGAGUCGUGGCUGGACCUCCGCAUCAAGGGCUCCCAGCUCAGCCAGUACUUCCGCCGCAAGUGCAAGCACGCGCCCAAGGGGCUCUUCGCCUACCCCGUCGUCGUCUCCGGCCCCGGCGACGGCUCGGCGGCGGCGGCGGCGGCGAGGUACUCGCUGCACUGGGUGUCGGAGGCGCACCGGAACGGGUGGCACGUGCUGCUGGACGCCACGGGGCUCGCCGCCGGGGACCGGCUGCCGCUGUCGCUGCACCGGCCGGACUUCGUGACGUGCGCGCUGGACGACGCGCGCGCGCAGCCGCCGUCGGCGGCGACGGCGACGGUUACGUGCCUGCUCGUCAGGAGGAGGUCGUUCGACGUCACCUCCUUAAAGGGAGAUAAUUGAAACGAUAUGCAGAGCUAAAUUACUUUGUUCCGUUUCAAAUUAUAAAAACAUUUUAGGUUUUGUUUCAUGUAUGUGCUUCAUUUAUACUAUGUGUAAAUAAUUUAAACGAGGGAUAAAGAAGCCGAAACUUAUCUCUAUCUCUAUCUUUACUAUUAUAAAAUUAAAGAUGUUUUUGCCA